GGCUUUACAUUUAUCACACAUUUUGGCACGAAUCUUUGCUCCAGUUACAGCACAAACUUCUCGUUUGAUAAACAUGAAUUUUCCACUGAAUUUUGCUUCUACAGCGACCCUUUUGGGGAUUUUCCUGCUCCUGGCGGGACCCAUACACUCGAAUCACUUUGCCAGUCAGCUGUAUAGCCAGGCAUCCCAUGGGAACCAUCAUAGGAACAUUGUUCUGUCGCCAGCCACCACAAAUAUGGCCCUGGGUCUGGUCUUCUUUGGGAUGAGGGACUGCCCGGAGCUGACACAGGUGCUGGAUACGAUGCGACACGGCGAUCUGGCCACGGAUGUCAUCAAGAUGGUGAAUCGUUUGUAUGUGGACCGGAAUAUCCAGCUGAUGCCCGCCUACCAGGAGGCCAUCUACGACGAUCGCAUGGGCAAGCCGGCCAAGACGGUAGAUUUCAGUGAUCCCCAUGUCGCGAGCGAAGAGAUAAACUCCUUUGUGCGCAUCCUGACGGACAACAAGAUCCAGCAGUUCAUACAUCCAGGCCUCCUGGACAAGGACACCAAAAUGGCCAUUGCGAAUGCCGCGUACUUCCAUGGCCAAUGGGCCAAGACCAAGUAUACGAAGCGCCUUCCCUUCUAUACCUUGAAUGGCACAGAGCUGCUGGUCGACACCCUGGAGACAUACGAUGUCCUGCGCUAUGGCAGCAUCGAUUCUAUGGACGCCCACGUCGUAGAGUUGCCCUACCAGGGCGAACUCUCCAUGGUCAUCAUUCUGCCCCGCCAUCGCGGUCAGAGUCUGGCCAGCCUCAGUAGCCUCAUACGAAAUGUCGAUCUCGUGCCGCUCACAGAGAACCUCACCAAAGAGUUUGUCCAUUUGCAGCUACCGAAGUUCCAAGUGGAGACACGACUGCCCCUGGAGACGAUACUGCGACCCCUGGGCGUAAAGACCAUAUUCCAUGCACCCGUUCUCAACAAAAUUAUCGCCAGUCGCGAUAAAAACCAUAAAAUUGGCACCAUUAUGCAUUUUAGCUCCAUUGAGGUGAGUGAAUCGGGCCGCGGAUAUUCUCCUCUGAUGAUGGUUAACCAGCAAAUGGACAGGCAACCCCACAAAUUCUGGGCCAAUCAUCCGUUCAUCUUUGCGAUCAAGGAUGCAAAUCAUAUCUAUUUCAUGGGACAUGUGGUGGCACCCGUAUAGAAGCCCAGGGCAUCAUAAAAAAUAGCUUUUUAUUUAACAGAAUGAUAAUAAAUCGCUUUGGAACCUUUA